AUGGCUGCUGCAGUCCCCAGUUAUGUCAAGUUGGUAGUCUUGCUUCUAGCAAUAGCUCUGCGUCACGCUGUUGCCAAGCACUAUGAUGUCAACAAGGACUGUCGACAAACUGGGUUUGCCCUUGAGACAGUCAUACCCCAGCGCGCGCCUACGAUGUCUGAGGAGAAUUGCAAAGACUUGUGCUCCCGUCGACACCUGGAUCUCGUCAUUUGGCUCAAUGUCGCUUGGUCCGACAGGAUGACACCAUCCAUUUGGAACGACGGAAAGAACCACACAUGGCUCGAAUGCAAGCAGUCUUCUGGGGUCUGCCAGCUGGACAACUGGGCUAGGUUGGAGGAUCGUCAGGACCGACCAGGUGUGAAGCAAUGCAGGUGCACUGCUAUUGUGGAGUUCAAGCGUUGGGGGCCCAGAGGCGACGAGAGCAAUGACUGGUGUUAUCCAGAUAACGCAAUGAACAACUUAGCUCAGAACGCGGUCGUACAUGGGGUUUGGACCGACUUUGAUACUACCUGGGUUCGUGCUCAAGUAUCCGGUAACAGCUGGUACUGGUUCAGGAAUGAGCAUAUUGACUGCGACGCUUCAGCUGGAGAUACUGGUUGUGAUUUCGUCGGUCACUGUUGGGACAAUGGGCCAUCGCCAAUCCUGCCGACCUUUGAAGCUCAGCUUGGCAACACCAUUCUUUCGUGGGCGGACCCCGAGGCCCGCACGUGGAUACUAUGCCCCAAUUUAGGCCGAUGGGCUACUCCGGGCAAGUAG